UCGACGGUCAUGUCGUCGACCAGCCCCGCCUAUCUCAACACACCCACAUCUGGCUCAAAACAUUGCCGCGAGAGGGACGAAGGCCACGGUACCACCGCGGGAAAUGAGGGUCCGGAGGAUCAGGAGGGGAGACGAAUAGGUCAUGGCCCUUCGCUUGUCGCCGAGCAUAUUCUGCUCCCCCGCCGCCAUUUGCUGGAGAACAACGACCUGUUCAUCCACGGUCGACCUCCCAGACGGCUGAAAAGGAGUCCGAGCGAUGGUAGAGGGAAGCGUCGUCGAAGACUGGUCAAACGGACUUACUCCAGACCCGACCGACAUGUCAUUGCCCAGGCCAUAGCGAAGCACGAGGGAGACACCGCCUGGGCUAGUAUGUCCGGGCAGCAACGACUACGACCGGCAAAGACUCCUCGUGAUGGGGAAUCGUACCGUCUCAGUAACGCGCCGACAAAGCUUGUCUUUACGCCGCCCAUACGAGUGUGUGUCUUCGAGAGCCCUACAACCCUUCUGGCACAUCAUCGAUGCAUCAUUCCCCGCUUCCAUACACAACAACGCCAUCCAUCGUAG